GACCACUCAUCGCUCACAUUCUCUCUCCCUCUAAAAAAAUAAAACAGUUUCCACCCUUCAUUUCUAUAUAUUCCCUUCUCCAUUUCUACACAAUUAGCAGAUGUAACCCAAUUUCUGUGCAUCUGUUUCCUCCAUUUCCCAUUGGCUCUCUCCCUCCCUCUCUCUCAGAGAAUUCAAUUUCAGAGAGAAGAGAGGAGAGACCUCCAAUCCUGUAAUUAAAGCUUGCUUCGAUUGUCAAAUAAUAAUAGGAGAGAUGCCUUCCAAGUCGUCCAUGGAGGAGCUCUUUCUCCCCUCCACGCCGGGCAAAUUCAAGGAUAAAUCGCACCACCGCCAGCCCCACCGCUCCACCAGCACCCUCUUCCUCUGGGCGCUCUUCCUCAUCGCCCUCACCGCCGCCUAUCUCAGCUUCCAAUCCUUCGUCGACUCCGGCAGCAAGUACUUCCGCAUCCACUGGGACAACCACGUCCGCUCCUCCGCCCAGAUCCGCCGCUCCAACGGCUUCUCCGUCCUCGUCACCGGCGCCGCCGGCUUCGUCGGCUCCCACGUCUCCCUCGCCCUGAAGAAGCGCGGCGACGGCGUGGUCGGCCUCGACAAUUUCAACAAUUACUACGAUCCCGCUCUCAAAAAAUCCCGCCGAGAUCUCCUCACCGCCCACGGCGUCUUCAUCGUCGAAGGCGACAUCAACGAUGCCAAAUUGCUGGCCAAGCUCUUCGAUCUCGUCCAGUUCAGCCACGUCAUGCACCUCGCCGCCCAGGCCGGCGUCCGCUACGCGAUGGAGAAUCCGCAUUCCUACAUCCACAGCAACAUCGCCGGCCUCGUCACGCUUCUAGAAGCUUCCAAGUCCGCAAACCCCCAACCCUCCGUCGUCUGGGCCAGCUCCAGCUCCGUCUACGGCUUAAACGAGAAAUCCCCCUUUUCCGAAUCUGACCGCACCGAUAAACCCGCCUCUCUCUACGCCGCCACCAAAAAAGCCGGAGAGGAAAUCACACACACAUACAACCACAUCUACGGCCUCUCCAUCACCGGCCUCCGAUUCUUCACCGUGUACGGCCCCUGGGGGCGCCCCGACAUGGCCUACUUCUCCUUCACCCGCAACAUCCUCCAAGGGAAGCCAAUCACCGUCUACCGCGGCAAAAACCACGCCGAUUUAGCUAGGGAUUUCACCUACAUCGACGACAUUGUGAAGGGGUGCAUCGGAUCAUUAGACUCGGCGAAGAAGAGCACGGGAUCGGGGGGGAAGAAGCGGGGCCCAGCGCAGUUCAGGAUCUUCAAUCUCGGCAAUACAUCGCCGGUGACGGUGCCGAUGAUGGUGGGGAUAUUGGAGAAGCAAUUGAAGGUGAAGGCGAAGAAGAAUUUGGUUGAUAUGCCUGGAAACGGCGACGUUCCGUUCACGCACGCGAAUAUAAGCUACGCCCGGACCGAAUUCGGGUACAACCCGACUACCGAUUUGCAAACGGGUCUCAAGAAGUUCGUCAAAUGGUACUUAUCUUAUUAUGGUUACAAUCACGCCAAGUCUGUAUAGUUUGUUUUUAUGUUUUUUUUUAGGGAUUUUUUUUUCCUUUUUUUGUUAAAGGAGAAAAAUACAUGGGAAAUGGAUACUUUACUAAGAAAGGUUAAUACAUUAUUUUCUUUUUGAGGAA